AUGCAGCCACCAGCCUGUGACUGUCCUCUGGGAAAGGACCAAGAAGUGCCAGAGGAAGGGUGGCUCUUGGAUUUGGAAACUCAGCAACCCCACUGUGCUCCAGAGAACAGCAACCCAGACGGUGUGUCCUGGAAGCUUCCAUCAGUCGGUCCUCUUAGUUUUGUGGGGAGAACAGAGUCUUCUUGUCCUGAGAUGCAGCCCCAGGGCUGUGGGACCUCUCCUCAGGGGCCCUGGAACCCGUCAAAGAAGCUCUGUGAGAACCAGGGGAACCUUCUCCAGUUUGACCGGCAAGCCCCCGGCCGCAUCUCCACCUCUCCCACCUUGAGGAGAUUAAGGGGCAGUAGCCGGGGGUCUUCCAUCUCACCACCUCACCAAGAUGUCUUGGAUGUGUCCACCCAGAGAAUCUGGAGAAAUCCUACAAGCUCCCCAGGUCACCUUUCCAAGAGUCUACCUGGAAGCCCAAGAGAUUCUUCACCUUCCCUAUCACCCCUGAGACCCCGCUCAGGACUGCUUUCAGAUCCCGAAAGUACCCUCAGCACAGCUGACUCCUUCAAGUCCCAAACCAGGACCCCUGAUGAACAUGUCCUUCUUGCAUUUCGGCCCAUCAAUGAGGGGUCUCCUCACUGGGCCUCUCUUCCAGGGCAAGAAGGCCACUCAACGCCCAACCCCACUGCAGGGUCCCCAAGACCUCAGGGAGAAGAACUGCAGCAAUCCAGGUUCUACGAGCGCAGGCGCAGUUCUGUGGUGCUGAACUUACCUGGACUCGAGGUGUUUCCCGGGGACCUUCUGGUUUCUGAUGGAGCUGCAGAUUACCUGUGCCACCCACUACUGCUGCUGAAUCCAGAAUCCAAGAAAACAAGAUGGCCUUUCUCCAAGAGAGGAGUGAGCAAAGACAAACACAAGCUGGUCGCCGAGCUGGAAAACUGCCUGUCCUCUGUGAAGAUCACAGACUUCAGGGGCUACGAGUUCCGCCGCUUUAAGGAUAAGACCUGGAACGAAGUCAUGGAAACACGUCAGAAACUCCCCCCUGAUGGAUCAGACUUGGGAAAGCAGCAAGAGGCUGUGUGGGAACUCUUCACGAGUGAAUGCACUUAUUUCUUGGACCAUUUAUUGGUUCUUAAGAUGAUCUUUUUGAAUACAUUAAAAUAUCUUCAAAUUCACGAAUAUCUCCUGGAUGUGGAUCUAUGGAGACUUUUUGCAAACCUGGAGGAGUUAACUCAGACAAGCCUUGGUUUUGUGAACAGUCUUUUCAGCAUCAUCAAGGUCUACGUAGAAGCUUCUGAGACUUCACCAUUGAUGGAUUUCCUUUCUGUGCUUGCAAAGUAUUUCCGAGGGAGCCUCUGUCAGAGCCACCAGACCUAUUGCCUGAAUUACUCUGCUGCUGUGUUUUAUCUUGAGAGCCUGAGGCAGAGAGAUGACUUCAGCAUUUAUUUAAAAUGGUGUGAGCAAAACGAACAGUGCAGACGGCUGCACCUGCCUGAGCUGCUAGUGGCCCCGCUACACAGGCUUACUCGAUACCCCUUGUUGCUGAAGAAUAUCUGGAAACGGAGCUCGGACUCCACUGAGAAGAUCAUGAUCUACUCCAUCAAGGAGAAGGUGGAAAAGUCAAUCCGAGAUCUUGAAGGAAAAGUGAAGUGGCUUGACAAUUUCCAAAAAUUCAGACAUCUACAGGAGAUUAUAAUAUGGCCUCCACUUUGGGAUAGAGAUAAAAGGUUUUUCAUUCCAGAGUGUUUGAAACACAUUUUUAAGGACCACACAGCAGAACACAUCUUGUCUCCAACCAACAGACACCUUCUCUAUGAAGGAAAAUUAACUCUUGCAGAAAGCACAAGAUUCCUAGAUGUGUAUCUGUUCCUCUUUGAUGAUUUCCUCUUAAUUACAAAAACUAAACGCAGCAAAAAGAAACUUGGGAGUGCAGACACUGGUUUGAUAUGUCCUUCACUUACUCCUGAGCUGCAAACUGUAAUAAAAGAGGGUGGCUCCUGUAUAGUACUCGAUCAGCCCAUUCCACUAGAUAGAUUGGUUGUCAAAAGCAUUGAUCCGCUCCACGUGUCAGUCUUUGGGCUGAGAAAUGCUUUCCUUAUACAACAUGAAAACAGAUAUCGACAGUGUAUAGCAGCAUUCUUAUUACAAGCCCAAACGGAAGACAUCAAAAAAACAUGGAUGACACAAAUAACAGCAGCUAUCUCUUGCUUCACCAAGAGUCAGGAAACCAAGAAAAUAGCAUUAAUCAAACUAACUGCAGAAUCCUCUGAAAUUUAGGGACCUAAACAAGUGGCAAACUUUAUUAGAGUUUAGGGCUUUAAGUAUUCUUUCAUUCAAUCUUUUGGUAACACUUAACCUAGUAAUGAAGUAGAAGGAAAUGUGCAUUCAUUCUAAAGGUGUUCCAAGAUUUGAAAAUUUGAGCUAGGAAAGUCCUUAGUAUAGAGGAAUAAUGACUGCAAGAAAUUUGAACUCUGAGGAACUUCUUAACAGCAACAUAUUGAUAUUCAGACUAUCUUCUAAUAUUUA